GGCUGUUGCAGCAGCUCAAUUUUGUCAUUGCAAAUAUAGCAAGUCUUUUAACAAAUCUUAACUGUUUCGUACAAACUUCUCUUUUCAUAAUCUUCUUCACUUUACAUCCAUAAAGAAACCAAACCGCAGCAAAAUCCUGCAGGAAACAAAAUAUUAUCCUAACUUGCUAAAAAAUGGAAACAGUGAAGCGUUUAGUAGAUGGAAAGCCGGUGGUAAUAUUCAGCAAGAGUACCUGUUGCAUGAGCCACUCAGUGAAGCAGCUAAUAAGCAGCUAUGGAGCAAAUGCAACAGUUUAUGAACUCGAUGAAUUACCAAAUAGAAAUGAGAUUGAUAAAGCACUGCAAAAACUCGGGCUUAAGCCUAGCGUGCCAGCUGUUUUCAUAAACCAAAGGUUAAUUGGUGGAGCUAAGGAAAUCAUCAGCCUGCAAGUCCAAGGCAGGUUGGUUCCGAUGCUUAUGGAGGCCGGGGCUAUUUGGGUUUGGAACAAAACUCACUAGUUACUUUACCUCCCUUUCGAUGUUGAUGUAUAAAGCUUUCUUUUUUCCUUGCCCAAAAAAGAAGAGGACUGUAAUAUACAGGAAUAGAGGCUCCAACCGUGUUGAUUCUGCAAUGUCUGCAGAAUUCAAGGUUUUUGAAAAGAGAAUGCAUCACAUGUCAAUGUAUAAGUGGCCCUUAUGUAGUCUGUAAUUAUAUAUAGUUAAUUUAUGAAUGAAAUGCAACAAAAGAUAAUCUUUGAGACUCAGCAUUAUCCUUUGAUGGGAAUGUCAAUCAUCAAUUCAAAAUUAACUUGUCAGAACUGAGCUUAAUUAUCACAAAUAGAGAAAAAAAAAAAAUUGAUAAGCAGCAAGAUGGGAAAAAAGGAAAAGGAUUAAUUAACCAAAGCGAUAUACAAUUGUUAGUUGAAAAGAAGCAAGCCAUAUUAACCAAUUAUAACCUUUAUCCUCAAUAAUGCAUGGUAAUCGACAAAGAAAGUGAGAAAGUGUACAUUCUGAAUAAAUGGGUAAAAAUAUUCUGACUCCAGUCAGUUGCUUCUGAAUCUCAUAGUUGAUGACAUUGAAAAAAAAUUGUCAAACUUAUGCAGAUUAAUUGAGAGAGAGAAAGAGGGAUCUUCAUGUCCUUCUAAAUUCCUAGUAAUUGUGUUUGGUUACUGGUGAGAAACACAUUUCACAUGAUAAAAAUUGAGAUAAGAAUGGAACAUUUUCCAUACAAAAUCCUGUAGAACAAAUUGAAAUGAAGAUACCAUAUUAGAAACAGCCCUUCUAACUUUCAUCAAUUUCAAAUUACUCGAUGAUGAAUUAUGCUGCAAGAGCAAAUUUUAAUUUGUUGUGAGCACUAAAUUUAACAAUACAGAGUGUUUUAAGGUUAUAUAGAACGCAAGAAAAGUACAACAACACUUACUAUAUUUUUAUCAUAAACAAAUGAACUUCUAGAGAAACUAACUAAUGCUCUGGUUGUGUAAGCAGUAUUUCUAAUAAAAUUUUCGAUGCACUCCAACAGCUUGCAUUGUCUGCAGUAUCAGGUCAAGAAGGAUUAGGACAAUUAGUGAUAAAUGGUUUCAGUUUGUCAUAGCCACUGUAGUUUAUAUAUUCUUUUAGCUGUAGCAUGAGGACAUCAAAGAAAAUUUAUUGAGCAAUGAUGCUACAGCUACAUUUUUCCGUUCUUUGUUUGCUAUAAUUCAGUGUGCAAUUGUGCAUUAUUACGAGUAACCAUUUACAAAAAAUAGCUAAUUUCUAUAUAACUCUAGAAAACUAUAUUUUCUGAGUGUUGCAAGUUUAUCGGAGUUUUCAGUUUUUCAUUCAAUCAAUCAAAAAGAUCCAGUGUUUUACAUGGAGAAAGAAUUGAAAAGUUAAAAGGUAAAGUACUUUUCUCAUUACCAAAGAUUAGUUACUGUAAUUUUUUCAGGGCAUAUUUUUAAUUAUCUCAAUAUAGUUCAUGCUUCACUUUUACUGUACUAAAGAAUCAGUCUAUCCUCUAAAAAAGGCACCAAAUACAGUAAGUGAUGACAAACCAGGAAUAUUGACAAUUGAGGGAUCUCAAGGGGACAAUAGUAGUUUUGUCAAGUUGCCUCAUUCACUGUACGAAACUGAUCUAGAUAAUAUAGAAAUCAUCAAAAUUUUCUCCAUAUGAAAACACAGAACGAAAAGAAGAAUAAAGGUGAAAUCUCAAGGUA